GAUACAUCCGAUAACUCCACAAACAGAAAACUCAUACUAUGAAGUGAACAGUUAAGAUAAGCACCCAUUUCUGUUGGUUAAUCGCAUGCUUGGAGCCACUAACCAUAGCAAAGAGACUUAAAUCAAUCAAACAAAUCAUGGUCUUCAAACUUAACUACAUUCAUCAAUUGGCUAAACAGAGAAAAAUUCCCAACUUUCUCAGUGAACACGGCCUUUCUAUCUACCAUAUCAUAUCAUAUCAAUCCUCCCACGAAGAAGAUGGAAGAACUACAACAACAACAUCCAUCCAAAGCUUCCUCACCAAAGGAAGCAUCAUCAACAACCACAACCGCAACCACAACAACAACAACCACAACUACUGUGAAUUCUUCAGACUCGAAUUCUUCUACCCUAACAACAGAAGAACCCAAUGCUCCUCCUCAACAGAAGAAGAUUGAGGAACAACAACAACAACAACAACAACAACAACAAGAGCCUGCUAAGGAUGUUGCUGAAACGGAGACAAAUCAAGCACAACCUCAACAGCAAAAACAAGGUGAAGAGAAGGUAAAUGCUGCAAAUUCUCCUUCAAAACAAGUGAAGGAACAACAGGAACCGCCAUUGCAGCUAAUUAUCAAGCUAAACACAAAGAAGAUAGUACUAACCGAAAAAAGUUGCGGUGGAGGAGGGGUUUUGUGCAGAGUCUUCGUUAGCUAUCGAUGGGAAGAGGGGUUUUGUGCAGAGUCUUCGUUAGCUAUCGAUGGGAAUUCACUAGUCAAUUGUUCUGGUUCGUGGCAUUUCCUAUCCAGCACUAAGUUAGUAGGAGGGGGAAAAUUGGAAGCACAGAGAUUCAAUUGAACUGCUGUCAAAAACUAGAACGAAGUAAACGAUACAUGGAAUA